GAUUUAUACAUAAAUGCAGGUGGUGUGACAGUUUCCUUUUUUGAAUGGCUGAAGAAUCUCAACCAUGUCAGCUAUGGGCGUCUUACUUUCAAGUAUGAGCGUGAUUCUAACUACCAUCUGCUGAUGUCAGUGCAACAAAGUCUGGAGAGAAAAUUUGGGAAAAGCAGGGGAAGUAUACCUAUUAUACCCACAUCAGAAUUCCAAGCUAGAAUAGCAGGUGCCUCAGAGAAGGAUAUUGUUCACUCUGGACUAGCUUUCACCAUGGAACGUUCAGCCAGGCAAAUCAUGAGUGUAGCGACAAAGUAUAAUCUAGGCUUGGACCAGAGAACAGCUGCCUAUAUUUGUGCCAUUGAAAAGAUCUUUAAGAGUUACAUCGAGUUUGUUUCCCAUAUACAGUGUAUUCCCAAGAUCUUGCAACUUAAAUUGCAGUUUGUACCUUCAAAGGACUGUAUCAUUGCAUUGUUGAAUAACACUGAUGAAAUAUUGUACAGUAGUAAGGAAAUAUGA